AUGGAUGAAUCUGUGUGGGGCGGGGAGGAGGAGGAGGAGGAGGAGGAGGAGGAGCCCUUCCUCAAAAGCCAGCAGCAGUGUCGUGUGUAUCAGACCAGCCUGAGCAGAGCAGCAGCUGAUCAGCGAGCAGGGCGCAGCAUCAGGGAUUCAAGCAGCUGUAGCUACAGGAAGAGGCACCAGGAGGCUCGAGCCACACAGCCGCAGCCCAGAGGAGCGGUGGAUGGACAGCGGAGACACUCAUGGCAUCUCAGGAGCGUGCCGAUGCGAGAGACUCUGCCACUGCUGAUCUGAACCCAGGGAUGGAGGGCAGCGCCGUGCCCGGCAGUGGCAAAACGUGUGCCGUCCACACUCCAGGCGGGGAGGAGACCAAGAGGGGCUUCAGGAAAGGCAUCGGGAGGCACAAUGACUACGUGAAGAUCUCUGUACCGGACUCCAAGGUCAAUCGUCUGCCCAUGGAGUGGUGGAAGACGGUGAUGGCCUUCUUUUAUGCUUGCUUCAACUUGGUCCUCACCACCGUCGUCAUCACCGUGGUCCACGAGAGGGUCCCGCCCAAAGAGAGCAGCCCACCUCUUCCCGACAAGUUCUUUGACUAUAUCGACAGAGUUAAGUGGGCGUUCACAGUGACUGAGAUCAACGGCAUGGUGCUGCUCGCCAUCUGGAUGGUCCAGCUGUUCUUCUUCAGAUACAAGUCAAUAGCAAUCAGACGCUUCUUCUUCCUCAUUGGCACCCUGUACUUGUACCGCUGUGUCACCAUGUACAUCACCACCCUGCCUGUACCUGGCAUGCACAUGACGUGUGCUCCUAAGCUCCACGAUGACUCGCAGGCCAAAAUCCAGCGAAUCCUGCGGCUGAUUUCCGGCGGAGGUCUUUCCAUCACGAACUCCCAUCUGCUGUGUGGAGACUUCCUGUACAGUGGACACACUGUGAUGCUCACCCUCACCUACCUAUUCAUCAAGGAGUACUCGCCGCGGUCGUUCUGGUGGUACCAUCUGAUGUGCUGGCUGCUGAGUGCAGUGGGAGUGGUUUGCAUCUUGGUGGCUCACGAGCACUAUAGCGUGGAUGUGGUCGUGGCCUACUUCAUCACCUCCCGCCUGUUCUGGUGGUACCACACCAUGACCAAUUUACAGACUGUGAAAUGUCUGCCCAACAACUACCUCACCAACACCUGGUGGAACCCUGUGUUCAACUUCCUGGAGAGGAACGUCCAAACCUCGGUGCCGUGCUCGUACAGCUGGCCCAUCACCUGGCCUCCCGCCUGCCUUAAGAACCCCUGCAAGAAGUACUCCAUGGUACAAAGUACCCGAGAGGAGUGACCUCACCCCCCACACCACAACAGUGUUGCCUGAUCAUCCACCAGAGGCUGUACUCAUUCAUUCAGUCAACUUGACGGGAGCUUAAUGGUACCAAAUGCUUAGCAAAAGCAACAAAAAAUGUGCCUCGAAGGAAAAUCUAGUUUUCUCUUUGUCUCUCAGUGUUAUUUAUUUUGUCAGAUAAAGUUUUCCUUGUUUUUGUAAAUGACACUUGUAGCAGCUCCUGGUGAAUUUCACACACUUUGUCGCAGCUGACUCGUAUGGUUUGUUUUAGUAUUUGCCAGACUUUGAUUUUGGAUCUGCUCCUGUUACAUACUGUAUAUACUGAUGAGUUUACCUCAAUGUAAUAUCAGUGUGCUCAAGUCACAAGGUGCCUUAGUAUGUUAGAUGUCAGUAGAUGUAUCAAAACUGCCAUAUGAGUCAUUUUUUCAGCUUAUUAUUGUUGUUAUUAUUAUUUGUAUUAUUAUUAUGAUUAUUAAUAUUAUAUUACUAUUCAUUUGUUGUCAUUUUAGUAUUGUGUUUUAUUGUCUCAUCAUUGUAUUAAAUGUAACCAUACCAAG